GGUGGUAGGAAGAUGGCUGAGGUAUCGUUUGUGUAGAUGAAGGAGCGGCUGACAGCAUAAGCCGAACGUCUCUGGAUUUCCAAUACAACUCAGCAGUAUAGUCCUUUGGCCCUUUCUUGAGUUCUUGCUCAUUAUGUAGGCAGCUGGGCAGGCCUAUAGCGAGCGGCUCCUCUUUUCGAACGGAAUGGCUGCUACAGCGGAACUUUUCGAGAGUUAUUUUCUUUCCAGGAACCUUUUGAUGUUGAUGAGUACAUUGAACGUUUAGCAUGGAGGACACCAGGUGGCGGCUCCAAAGGUGGUGCAGAAGCCUUUGAUCCAAAAAGGCUUUUGGAAGAAUUUGUCAAUCACAUUGAGGAGCUGAAGAUGUUGGAUGAACGCAUUCAGAGGAGAGUGGAAAAACUGGAGCAACAAUGCCAGAAGGAAGCCAAGGAGUUUGCCAGAAAGGUUCAAGAAUUACAGAAAAGCAACCAGAUCGCCUUUCAGCAUUUCCAAGAGUUGGAUGAACAUAUCAGCUAUGUAGCAACAAAGGUUUGUCACCUUGGAGACCAAUUGGAAGGAGUAAAUACGCCAAGGCAACGGGCUGUAGAGGCACAGAAAUUGAUGAAAUACUUUAAUGAGUUUCUGGAUGGAGAACUGAAGUCAGAUGUUUUCACAAAUCCAGAAAAGAUUAAAGAAGCAGCUGAUAUCAUUCAGAAGUUGCACCUCAUUGCUCAAGAACUGCCCUUUGACAGGUUUUCAGAAGUGAAGUCAAAAAUUGCAAGUAAAUAUCAUGACUUGGAAUGCCAGCUGAUUCAGGAAUUUACAAAUGCACAGAAAAGAGGUGAAAUUUCCAGGAUGCAUGAGGUUGCAGCAGUUUUACUCCAUUUUAAGGGAUAUUCUCACUGUGUGGAUGUGUAUAUAAAACAGUGCCAGGAGGGUUCAUAUUUCAGGAAUGAUUUAUUUGAAGACACAGCUGUAUUGUGCCAACGAGUAAAUAAAGAAGUUUGUGAAGUCUUCAGCAGCCCGGAGAAUGUGAUGGCCAAACUUAUACAGAACGUUUUUGAAAUUAAACUUCAGAGUUUUAUCCGAGAUCGAUUAGAAGCAUGUAAAAAAUCUGAUGCGGAAGAAUAUUUAAAGAACCUGUACGAUCUGUAUACAAGGACCACAAGUUUAGCUAGCAAGUUAGCAGAAUUUGACCUUGGCACAGAUAAACAGACAUUUCUGGCCAAGAUGAUCAAAGGCAUUUUCAUUUCAUACCUGGAAAAUUAUAUCGAAAUUGAGACUGGGUACCUGAAAAAUAGGAGUAGCAUGGUGUUACAACGCUAUUACGAUUCCAAAAAUCAUCAAAAACGGUCUUAUGGAUCCGGAGGGAUUCAGGACCUAAAAGAGCGAAUUCGCCAGCGUACCAACUUACCUCUCGGGCCAAGUAUUGACACACAUGGCGAGACUUUUCUGUCACAGGAAGUAGUUGUCAAUCUUUUGCAGGAGACCAGACAGGCCUUUGAGAGGUGUCACAGGCUGUCUGAUUCUUCUGAUUUACCAAAGAAUGCUUUUCGGAUAUUUACUAUUCUCGUGGAGUACUUGUGUGUUGAGCAUAUUGACUAUGCUCUAGAAAUUGGACUUGCAGCAAUCCCAUCAACAGAUUCCAAGACAGGAACUCUUUACUUCUUAGAUGUUGUGCAACAGGCAAAUACAAUUUUUCAUUUGUUUGACAAACAGUUUAACGACCACCUCAUGCCACUGCUAAGUUCUUCUCCUAAACUGACUGAGUGUCUACAGAAGAAGAAAGAAGUGAUUGAACAGAUGGAAGUUAAACUGGAUACAGGGAUUGACAGGACAUUGAAUUGUAUGAUUGGGCAUAUGAAGCACAUCCUGAGUGUUGAACAAAAAAAGACAGACUUCAAGCCAGAAGACGAAAACAACGUACUAAUUCAAUAUACUAAUGCGUGUGUCAAAGUCUGUGGCUAUGUCAGGAAGCAAGUAGAAAAAAAUCGAAAUUCGAUGGACGGGAAGAACGUGGAUACUGUUUUAACAGAAUUUGGAGUUCGCUUCCAUCGUCUAAUUCAUGAGCACCUUCAGCAGUAUACUUACAGUUCGAUGGGUGGCAUGCUGGCUAUCUGUGAUGUAGCGGAAUAUCGGAAGUGUGCCAAAGAAUUUAAGAUUCCCUUGGUGUUGCAACUUUUUGAUACGCUACAUGCACUCUGUAAUCUCCUGGUAGUAGCACCUGACAACUUAAAGCAGGUCUGUUCUGGAGAGCAUCUAACUAAUCUUGACAAGAACAUCCUUCAUGCCUUUGUGCAGUUACGGUCUGACUACAGAUCAGCACGCCUCGGUCGUCAUUUCAGCUGAAAUUCUUUGGUGUUUGAAUUGGAAUACAGAUUCAGAGCUUGAUACGCUGGACUUUUUGGGCUUAGGCUGUUUGGAACUUCGGAAGCUUUAAAUACAGGGCAUUCCAACUCCUGUUAUAUAGCCAAUUACAAAUAUAUUUGGGACAUUGUGACUUCACUAAAAAGCAGCCAUUAUUGAACUGUUUCACUGAAAAACAAGCUGAGUUAAUCUAAGUCAAACACGAUAAUGUUUUUGCACAAUCCAUGCUCUAAUGAUUAUCUGGAGCUGAACCUAUCAGAAGCUACUAACAACUCAGUUUGCAUAUGUAACAAAAUGUAUUUAAUUAUGAAUUAAAAUCAGGGAGGUUGUUCAAGCACUGAAUAAUAAAUUUCAAGCUCAGUUCUAUAAACACUUGUUUGAAGAAAAUGUACAGUGUUUUAUCCAGGUAUAAUGGAUUCACUUCCUCUUACUGUACACAGAUGUAACACUAUAUUAAUAGGAGUAUAUUUGUUUAUACAGGUCUUUGAUUAAACAGCUACAGCAGAUGCCUCAGCAUAUCAAACAUAUUGCUUCAUAGGUUAUUUUGUUCAUCAUGAAAUGGGGUGAGGGUUGAGACGGCUGUAAUGUGUCUCUUAUGCCAUUCAUAUGUAAGUUAACUUAGCUUUAGUGUUAAUGAGCUACUGCAAAUAGUGCUCGAUUAAAUACAUGAUACCUUUGA